CCAUUGGCCCUGGCCCCAUCGGAGCACCGGGAAACCCUCAGUGGUGCUGAUGAUCCAGGGCUCUCAAAGAUGCGGAUCUGGGCUUUGUGGGCAGCGCCAUCGGUUCUGCUGGUGAGCCUACCAUUGGCAGAAGCUGAUCAUAUUUCCAUCAGCCUCGUGCAGACCCAAGUGCGUCCACUGAAGACCCGUUGUCUCCGCUUCAUGCAUAUACCAAAGACAGGUGGCACUAGUAUCGAUGCAGAAAACCUGCGCCAUGCAAUCAAGCCCUUUGAUUCUUUGAUGCUGCGGACCUUCCAUCGCCUAGCUCGCGUGCACGACUGGAACAGCUCCACAAUGGCGGAGCGCUUUCAGAGCACACACCAGGACUCCUUCUGGACUUACAUCAAUUUUAUUGCUGGGAAUGCUGCCUCAUACCAUUUCUUGCCUGCAGCGCCAGAUCGGUGCGAGGAUCUCCACAUGCCACCAUCACAGAGUAAGUUUAUCCGCGAUUAUUACGACAGCUGUGAGACGUUCUGUACGUUACGGGAUCCGUUGGAGCGGUUCUGGAGCGCCUUCCAAAACUGGUCUCCUACCUGUGAUCCCCUUGGUAUCGAAGCCGAGGCAGUAGAGCUCUUGAAAGAGCUCAAGCAGCGACCCUAUCAGCGCGACUGCUUCUUUGUACCGCAGGUGGAGAUGGUCUAUGGUACCCGAAGAAUUUCCAACGGAAUGCACCAGUACUGUGAUCGUUUUCUACAUCAAGAAAACUUGAGUGCGGAGUUCCAUGAGCUCAUGGUUGAGAGGGGCCGACCUGAGGACGGGGACUUCCAGGGUGGUUAUGCCAGCCUGAUUGAUGGUACAGCUCGCGCCAAGGAAUUCCAUGGUGAUUCCGGAUGUGGAGGCGCCCCAGAUUCCGAGGAGCGCCGGGCGGAGCACACGGCUCAGAUUCUAGACCUACCAUCCCCCUGGAGCGAGCGGCCGGACAUCCCGCGCGAGAAGUUCCAUGCGCGCUGCUACCAAGGGGAAAAGACCAUUUUCUACCACAAAUGCAAAGUGGAGCAAUAUGCGCCCUACACCCAAGAUGACGGUUUGGUGCAGCGCAUGACGCUCUACAAGGACGUUCGCCGACAGAUCCCCUUGGAGAUCCGUGAGCGUUUCAAGCAUCGAAAGGACAAGCUGAUCGAACGAAAGCGCCGGCCCAUGCAGAAUGAGACCAUCGAGCGCUUUCUGCCGGGGCGGCCCUCCACCUCUGCCACCAACGCUGGUGGUGCACUGAAAGAGUUCCGAGAGAUCAGCGCUUUGAGUCGCGAGCUGAUCUUCUACAAGAGCCGUUUGGAUGGCCUGGUCCGAUCGGUCGAGAUCAUCGGCAGGAAGAUGUUCGAGUACUUUGAAGAUCGUGAUGACCGAUUGAUUUACCAUUCAGUCACGCUGGACCCCAGCAGUCUGACGAGCGGAACCCUGCGAACGGGCACCAAGAGCAAGGACACCUACAAUGUGGAGUCGGUCGGGGACGUGCCCAUCAAGAAGAUGACAGAGAAGUUUCGCAGAAAUCCUGAGGUGCCUGCGGAUGAAGACAUCGCCAAGAUCAGCUUCUACUUGACUGAGCAGAGUUCAGCCUCGAUCUACUCCUCAACUGGAAAGAUUCGGGUGGACUACCACCGAGACCCAGGCUCCCUCACCUUUAGACAGUGCAUGUAUCACUACGAAGAUGGCAAUCUGCGGCGUCGUCCGGCGAGUUUACCCCAACCGACCCAGGCAGAAGUUCACAAACUCCUGCAGAUGCAGUCGACGU